AUGGAAGCUCGUACAUCGCUACAUGACGAUGCUGUUGAGCUCACAGAUGGUGCACAAACAUCCCCGCACCCGCCAGAUGCAGAUUGGGAACCGACCACGCUCAAGACGAAUUACAUCAAAGUCGUCAGCGCUGCUUUCUCGUUUUUCGUCGCAGGGGUGAAUGAUGGGAGCCUUGGUGCCCUGAUCCCCUACCUUAUCAGGUCCUACGAUAUCAACACAGCCAUGAUCUCCAUCGUCUACGGCGUCACUUUCUUUGGAUGGUUCAUUGCCGCAGUCACAAACAGCCACCUCUGCCAAUAUCUCGAUUUGGGAGCCAUGCUGGUCCUCGGAGCUUUCUUGCAGGUCCUUGCUCACGCCUUACGCUGCUGGACCCCACCUUUUGCCCUGUUUGCCGUCACAUUUGGUAUAGUCAGCCUCGGACAGGCAUAUCAGGACACACACGCGAACACCUUUGUGGCCUCGGUCAAAACCGCACACCGAUUCUUGGGUCUCAUUCAUGCAAUGUAUUCCGGCGGCUGCCUCGUUGGCCCGUUCGUCUCCACGGCCAUCGCCUCCGCCGACACGCCCUCACGCUGGAACUUGUUCUAUACCUUCCCGCUGGCGCUCGGUGUCUUAAAUCUGCUUCUCUGCAUAUUCGCUUUUCGGGAUAGCCUGGCUAUCAAAACAAAGCACGCCACCAGUCCCGACAUCCAAGGCGGUUCAAGGAACGACGGUGCAAUGGCUGAAAUAAAAGAAACGCUCAAGACUCCUAGCGUCUGGCUGUUGAGUCUUUUCUAUUUCUUUUAUCUCGGCGUCAUUAUCACUGCAAGCGGCUGGGUAGUGGAGUAUCUUGUCGAGGUCCGUGGCGGCGAUUUGGCUGACAUGGGCUAUGUCCCCGCUGGCUUCAAUGGUGGGUCCUUCCUAGGAAGGCUCCUGCUUGCCGAACCGACGCAUAGAUGGGGCGAGCGACGAAUGCUAUUCAUCUAUAGUGUUAUUGGUGUGGCGCUUCAGCUUCUAUUCUGGCUUGUUCCGAACAUUAUCGCCGCAUCCGUCGCCAUCAGCUUGAUGGGAUUCGUCCUAGGGCCCUUCUUUGCCGCUGCAUCGUCGCUGCGCAUGCAGGCGUGA